AUGUCGUUCGAGGAAAACCAUCGUCUCCAAUUGACAGCUCGUCUGGACGAGUUUGUCAAGCACGCCAGGAGCGCCAUCGCUCUCGAGACGCCGGCCGAAACUCAUCAAGCUCAGUGCCGAAACCUCGAGUCCCGCAUGGAAGAGGAGAUCGGACGCAUCAGAGACUGUACCACGCCGCUCGAUGUCCAGAAGCAGACCGAGAAGAUGAUGCAGCUUGGUAUGGAGAAGGCGAGGUUGAUCCAGGAGCACGAGGACACUUUGCCCGGGAAGCAGAAGGCAUGGCUUGAUGACAUAGCUUCGGCUCUAGUCCAUGCUUCUAGGCAGUAUAUGGCGUCUCUCUCCAACUCUGAGACAUCAAUGCAGACGCGUGGCUUCCUUGAAUAUACAGCUGUUGAUCCAUUGUCCAUCGUUUCUCCACUCCCAGAAAGCUCCCCGAGCCAGGCCAGAGAGUCACCUCGUCACUCGGAAGCCGAGGAGAUCCAGACCAACGCAGCGUCACCUGAGUUCAACCGCCCGCGACGUGCUAGCACCAUGAACAAGCGUCGAAUCAGCGAGGGGCCCGGGUACGAGUCGGCUGCGCGCACCGUCACCACAAUUCAUUUCGACGACGUGUACCAGGAUGGGCAAGCGGAAAUCAAGUACACCAUAUACGACCGUGAACAUUCGCUCACCACUGACGCGAGUGUCAAAGGACGCUGGUGGAUCUUGCGCUGUGAACAGCAUAAUGUGAAUUACGCAUUUGGAAAGGGAGCAAACCGCUCAGGGCCCAAGAGACAUCUCGUCAAACAUGAAAAUUGCAGCCCAGAUUGCAUAUCAACCAACAGGCACAUCGACGUUUUCGGGGUGCUUGUAGUGGGUUGCACGGCCGAGCUUGCUAAGAAGAACAAUGACGAUGUCGAAGCCGCCAUCUCGAAUGGGUAUAACCCGAAGGCGCCAGGCAUCUCUGAAUCCCAGUCUCAGCGAAAGAGACGCAAGACAAGUUCUGAGGGAGCUUCUGGCAACCAACUAAUCCUCGACCCUGAGUUUGGCAAGCUAUAUAUGUCGCUGUGGGGGAGUCAGAUGUUUGCUGUCGCGCUUCUUCCGCUUCGCAAGUUAUCGACACUGAUCCCACCCGAGGAGAUGGACAAAUUGAUGGAGAAGCCCCCAAAUGGUUACAACUAUGACGAGGACACAGGAUUGCUGAGCAGAUGGGCUCCCGGCUUUGAGGAUGGUGGUCCCAAGGUCAAGCAGAGAGCUUUUCCCUUCCGAUGUUUUGAUAACACCGAAGAUAUCAGCCGAUGCACGUUUACCUUUUUGAAAGCUACGGACCUCCAUGAGCUUGACUUGUCGAGAGUUUCUCCACAGUAUCAUGCCGUGGUCCAAGAGUACCAGGAGAAGUUUUUAGAACGCGAUACUCGCUUCAACGACUCGGAUUACUCGGACGGCAUGAGCGACGCCAGCCGCCUCCAGACACCCGAACCAACCGAGGACGAUGCUAUUGCCGAACAACUCCAGAGCGAGAUCCCGGGUUCAGACCCACAAAAUCCGGCCUCAUCCGCAAACUCGGCCAGGAACAGGAACCGAAGGAGAAGUGAAUACACUGAAAAGAAAGAGCAGACACAGUUUCGAUGA